UAUGGGAAUCUUAGCUGACAUAAGCAUGGGGUCCCUUUCUAGUUUAUCCGAUCCAACCAGACCCAAAAUCUCACCUUUCUUCAAAAUACUACUCUAUAAAUGAGUUGUGAAGUGAACCUUACAUAGACUUGAAGAACAAAGCAUCUUCAAAGCUCUCCUCUUUUUUUUCAUUAGUGCUAAUAUCUCAAUAUUAAAUCAUGGCUGGAUCUUCCAUUAAUUCUCGUAAGUCCAACAAUAUCAAAUUCAUAUGUAGCUAUGAUGGCAAGAUCCUGCCACGUCAUCCCGACGGCAAGCUCCGUUAUCACGGUGGCGAAACACGUGUCCUUUCCGUUAAACGCUCCAUUGCUUUUGCCGAGCUGAUGGUGAAGCUAGGGGAGAUGUGUGGAGGAUCAGUGAGUUUAAGGUGUCAAUUGCCAACAGAAGAUUUAGAUGCUCUUGUGUCAAUCACUUCUGAUGAAGAUCUUGCCAAUCUCAUCGAGGAGUAUGAUCAUACUGCAAUUGCACCAUCGCCAUCGUCCUCCCUCAAGAUCAGAUCAUUUCUUUCACCUCCCAAAUCCGCAAAAAAAGUUACGUCUCCAAAUUCUUCAAUGGCUUCUUCCUCAUCAACUAUGAGUGCCAACUCGCCUAAGUCAUCGAGGUAUAACUGUCCAAUUAACGAGAGGUGUGUUCGUCAGACGAUGGCAAAGCCGCAGGUGGUGUUUCCUCUCUGUUAUCAGAAAGUGAUGGGAAAGCUUCCACAAUAUGCCUACCAUGGUCCUGGGUACACUGCUAGUAGCCAUAUUUACCCAAUUCACCAUGGCAACCACUAGCAAUAAUCAAUAGCAGUUAUUUCUUUGCAGACGACUUCAAUAUGCAACCAGGUAUUGUAAGUGGCAGAGUGACCUUGCUGCCAUGAUCCUCUCAAAUUUAGCUUUUUGUCACUCCGAUUCUUAAAACAAGAAAAAAGAAGUUGGAGUAGAUGAGCCUCUUGGAACAUAUAUACUUAAAAUUACUAAGUAUUUACCUAAAAUGAGAGAAAACAUCCAACAAGAAAAGAAGAAAAAAGAGGAGAUGUGUGUAUAUAUAUAUAUGUACUGUAAGAAGUAAGAAGGGCGUGUAAAUCAUUAACACGAAUUGGUGUUUGUAUACGGUAGAAAAACCGGAUACGGGUAGAUCCGGGAUAACUAUGGAUCGGAGAAAGAAAAGACCGAGGGUUCGUACGGGGACAUCACACCUCCGGAUGAGCACUUUAAUCGAGGCCGAGUAUAAGCACCAUCGGGCCCGGUCUCUAAGCCACCGAGGGUUCGGGAUCUCUACCCGGUGUCUCAUCAUCGUUGGUCCGGUAUCCGUGAGUCCGUUGGUCCGAUGCGACCGUUGCUAGGACGCGUCAGUGGUAUCACAUCAUGGACAGCUGCCAACUAUGCGUAUGUCAGACGGCGUCGUCAGUCACAUCACACCAAACCCGUGCAGGGGCUGUCCCUUUUAUUACUCUUUUAUUGGUUCACAUUGGAGAGGGCCCAUGGGCUCAUUGCUAUAAAUAGAGUACUCCCACCUCCCUUAGAGGGGUUGAUUCUCCUUUUA